AUGAGCUCAUCUAUAAGAUUAACGGGGCGUAGAAGCGACACUGAUGUUGUGUUAACAGAAGAGAUUGCAAAUGCUUUGAGAGUGGAAUUACCUCGACGUUAUCGCCUGGCACCCGAGAUGACACUACUAUACAGUCUAGAUCAGCAUGGGAUCAGCUUAUCCUCGCUUUAUCGAUUAGUGAAAGCCAACAAAGGUCCAUGUGUGCUAGUGAUAAAGGAUGCAGAUGAUAAUGUGUUUGGCGCAUUUUUGAAUGAGCCUUUGAGGCCAGGAACUCGCUAUUACGGCACUGGUGAAUGUUUUCUAUGGAAAUGGAAUUCAACGGAAUCCCAAAUCAAAGCAUACAAAUGGACUGGCAAAAAUGAGUAUAUGAUCCUUUCAGACAUUGAUUUCAUAGCGAUUGGCGGAGGGGAGGGUGUAUUCGGCUUAUGGAUAAACUCAGAGUUGGAGAAAGGUUAUAGUCAGACUUGUCCUACUUUUGAUAAUGAAAGGUUAUCGCCAAAACCCGAGUUUGAAUGUGUAGAACUGGAAGUUUGGGGAUUUCGUAUCUGA